CCGCAAAAGAGUUCACAUAUGCUUUUCGUAACUCUUCCGGCUGUCGACGCAACACCGACGUUGAAGCCUGAAUUGAAACUCUCUCUGCUAUAUAGCGAGUGAGGGAGGGAGGGAGAGGGAGAGGGGGAGAGAUUGAGUACAUACAUACAUAGACGCACACACAUAUACGCACAUAUACGUAUAUGUGUAUAUAGACACAGUGGGAGCAACUCGGCGCUAGGGUUCAUUAUAAUUGACUCGGUUGUAUCGAAUUCGUCUGUAUAGAGAAAGCUCUUUUAGCUCUAUUCUUGUGAUUAUUCUCUCUCUUUGUGUGUGUUUCUGUCGCCAGAAUUCAAUGAGUGAUCGGGCAGAUACGUCUCCUCUGGUGGCUCCUUCGCCGAUCACCGACUCCGGUGAGAUCGACCUCGAAGCCGGCCCAGGCGACCAAAUUCAAUGCCGAAUUUGCCUCGAAACCGAUGGUAGGGAUUUUAUUGCACCUUGCAAGUGCAAAGGGACAUCAAAGUAUGUUCACCGUGAAUGCUUGGAUCAUUGGCGUGCUGUGAAGGAAGGGUUUGCUUUUGCUCAUUGCACAACUUGCAAAGCUCGUUAUCAUUUGAGAGUCCAUGUUUUUGCUGAUAGGAAAUGGAGAACCUUGAAAUUUCGCUUCUUUGUGACUCGAGACAUUCUAUUCAUAUUUAUUUCUGUCCAGCUUAUAAUUGCUUCUUUGGCAUAUUUGGUUUAUUUAGUUGAUGGCUAUGAGAAGUUCUGGCUUCGACGUGCAUGGGGUUUUGAUAGUUUUAGUUUCUACUACAUAAGUGGGGCAUUAUUGUUCUUUGCACUGUUGGGUUUAUCGGGUUGCUUUAUAACUUGCUAUGAUCGAAGAGUGCGCAAUGAUUUGGCUCAGCCAUGUCGAGAAUUAUGUCUCUGCUGCUGUCAUCCUGGAGUGUGUGCUGACUGCCAUUUACCAGGGACUCUUUGCAUGUGGACUGAUUGCACCACAUGCUUUGAAAGUUGUGCCGGUGCAGCUGGUGAAUGUGGUUGCUUAGGAGGUGCAGGUGAAGCUGGGUUGCCAUUGCUAUUCAUUAUGGCUCUGGUUGUGCUGGGCCUAUUUACUGUGCUUGGCAUAUUCUACAGUGUAUUGGUGGCAACAAUGGUCGGACAAAGAAUAUGGCAGCGACACUAUCACAUACUAGCUAAAAGGAUGCUAACAAAAGAAUAUGUUGUUGAGGAUGUUGAUGGCGAAAUGACUGGAUCUGAUUGGUCUCCGCCUCCUAUUCCGCCUGAGCAUGCUCAACAGUUGAAAACGCUUGGCCUUCUAUGAAUCCAAUGGCUGCAUGCAAGGUAAUGCAGGAUGCAGCGCCUGCUCUCUACUAAUGCGAGACCAAGUCUUUUAUACUGCAUCUGAGUCGGAUGCAAUCUACACCAGAGGAACGGUGAAUCUAUUCAAGGGUUCGGUAAGAACUCCUCAAAUGUGUUUGACGUUGUCUAAUUCCGUUUAUAUAUGUGUAUGUAUGGAUUACACCUUUUGUCGAAUCGGAAUUGUUACCCUUUUGUCACAUUUAGUCUCUUCUUGCCAAAACUGCGACAACAUCUAUUAUUUUAUGCAAGUAACAAUCAGUUUGACGAUA